GUUUUCGUUCCUGCCAACACUUUCGAUUGAGUCCCAAAAAACGCGUUUUCUCAUUCUCGUCGAAUAAAAAGUUUUUCCACAAAAAUUGGUGUACCCAUUGUAUGCGUCCAUGAACAACCAGAGUUUACAAUUAUUUCUAAGAAAUUUGCUAAUAUGACUAAUAGCCAUUCUACGCCUUUUAAUAAACACAGAAUCGAAUCCAUUCAAACAGCGGAAUUUUCAGUAAAACAAUGCCAACAAAACGCAAACUACGGUGAAUGCGAAUACGGCGAUGAGGCGGUGUACUUUGAUAGGAACGACUUUGUGAAAUUCGCGCCGUCAGUGCAGACCUCUUGCUGCCAUCAAGAAUCAGAAGAAAAACGUUGCUACCUCACGGUGAAUGGCAAGGAAGAGUUGCCGUCAGUGCACGGGGUCAAGUACUGUCUGUCAGAGACAGAAAAACACGUACGGCACUCAUCGCUCAGAAGCAAGGUGGUACUGUCCAGGGAUAAGGUGAAGUUCUGCAAAGGGAUCAACGGAAAUGUGAAUCCAGUGACUAUAAAAAAUGUCUCGGCAUAUUGUACGUUACCUAAAAACCCGAGGAAAGUGGGCGAAAAUCAUCAGCACCACACGAGGCACGCAAAUCCGCCCAAAAGGGUUACCCCUGAUGGAACGCAUAUCUAUUAUUGGUGUGACUUGAAAAAAGAAAAUGAACUGGACGAUGGGGCAUACAAUCCUUUAUGGACUAUGCAAGGAUUUACGCAAACUUUCCAUUUUUGGAAAGAGAACAAAAGGGCCCAAUCGGUACCGUUGAAUGCCUUUCUUACUUAUGUCACACUGCCUUGGUGGAGUAUUGCAAAAGAUAUCCUUGAUCAUCGUGAGGGGCCUAUACUAACCUUCUAACGACAGAAGAGGAAUUGAUGAUAUUCAAACAAACCCGUAAGCGCAAAAGUAUUCCAUAUUUGAAACGAAAAUUGUUGAUAUUAUUUUAAAUAUUAAUAAAAAUCAUUUAUAUACUU